AUGCAUGAUGUAGUUCGUGAUGUUGCACAUAUCAUAGCACCCAAACACAACCAUACAUUCUUAGUAAAAGCUGGUACUAGUUUGAAAGAAUGGCCAGAAAGAGUUACAUUUGAAAAUCUCAUGUGUAUCUCAUUGAUGUUAAAUGAUAUUAAAGAAGUACCAGAUGCGAUAGAAUGCCCAAAGUUGCAGUCGUUACUACUGCAACGAAAUUCCAAAUUGGUUGUCCCUAACAAUUUCUUUAAAGGCAUGAAAAAUCUUGGAGUUAUAGAUUUAAGUGAAACUCAAUUAUCAUCAUUACCUGAGUCACUUUCCUUUCUUGUAAACCUUAGAACUUUGUACCUUAAUGAUUGCAAAUUGGGUGACUUAUCUAUAAUUGGAGAUCUAAGCAAACUAGAAAUUCUUAGCCUUUGUAGUUCUAAUGUUAGGGAAAUCCCCAUAUCCUUUAGCCGAUUAACUCACCUGAGGCUAUUAGAUUUGAACUAUUGUGAAGAGUUGACACGAAUACCACUUGGUGUCAUAUCCUCUCUUUGUAAAUUAGAGGAGUUGUAUGUUUUAAAAAGUUUUAGCCUUUGGGAUUUAGAAGGAGAUGAGGGAGAUUCAAGUAGCAAUGCGAAGCUUGCUGAGUUACAAUUCUUGUCUAGAAUAACUAGUUUGGAAAUUAUUAUCCCAAACUUGAAUUUCUUAAUUGAUAAUCAUGUGCUGUUCAAAAAUCUAUCAAGCUUUACAAUAAUAAUAGGCGCUCCAAAAGAUGAAGAAAAAGGGAAUUUCAGGAGAUUUUCAAGCAAGUAUUCACGAAAAUUGAUGAUCUCAUAUAAUAAUGAGGUUAUGAUUUUAGGAUUACUUGAUUGCUUGAAGAAUUUGGCAAUUGAAAGAACAGAUUGUCUAUAUAUUAUAGGUUUGGACCACAUCUUUUAUGAUCUAGUAAAUAGAAGACUGAAUGAACUGAAGCGUUUAGCAGUGCUUAAUCAGAAAGUAACAUUUCUUGUAAAUAUUUUGGAAUGUUCAUCAGAUUUAAGUUUCCACAACUUAGAGUUUCUACAAAUUAUUGGCAAUUCCAACUUGGUUGAAAUAUGUCAUGGUGAACCCUCAAUCCAGUCCUUCAAUAAGCUUAAAAUUUUGACUGUUAAUGGGUGCGACAGGUUGUUGAAUAUUGUUCCGAGUAAUUUGUUAUGGAACUUUCAAAGUCUUGAAUAUUUGAGUGUAGAUUGGUGUAAUUCAGUGCUCUCAUUAGAUGUUUCUCUUUUGUUUGAAUCACAGAAGACAGUGAUGAAGCUGGAGACGAAGAAGAAGAAGAAGGAGAAGAGGAAGGAUGAAAAUACAGCCACUCAGACUUGA